AAAUGGUAUCAUACUCUUGGGAUAUAUCGCACCUGUUUCUGGACUUGCUGCAAAACUAGAGGGGUCAGGACCAGGAGGACCGCCUUCGACUCUUGAGCGAGGUAUUCAUCGACGUCUUUCUGUGGCUUCACCGCCUCCCCAUGAUAGCCAUAUGUUUGACUGAAGCAUGUUUACUGCGGCCGUGUGGGAGCAAGUCACCCCGGUGUUUUACUGGUCUAAAGAUAUUCUCGUACCUUUCCUCACGCGUCCUCUCAAAGAGAUGCUGUCAUUGAGUGCAAAGGCAGGAGAAUUUGGACUCGACGACCUCUUCUAUCUCACACACUAUUAUCCAGCAAUGCGGAACUGGCUAUCCCUCGCGCUUGCCUUGGCUACUAGAACUGUUCCAUUCACUGACCCCUUUACAGAAUCUUUAAAGCCAAGUUAUGCACCGUCCCAGUGCCGGGCACAUGCCUGGGUGAGAGCACCUGAUAUGAUGCCCGGCGAUGUUAUCGCGGGGGAUAUCAAGAUCAAACUCAAUGGACCGUGUCCUGAUGCCGAGAGCUAUGCGCUGGGCUUGCGUUACAAAGAAAGGAUAUUCUGGAAGUUGAGGCGGGAAGAUGCGCCGAUUCCGAAAGGACCAAAAUUCAAAUAUAAUUCUAUGGAGUCUAACCGCGAUCUGAUCCAGGUCCCGCUCCCCUUCCAGAACUCUGUCCAGAAUCAGGACUUGUGGUCUGUACAUGAAGAAGAACGGAUUGCCUUUGAGAUUAAGGCUCCCUUGUCUGGUGCAGAGGUGGCAGAUCCAUUGUCAAGAAGCUUCACGACUCGAUUCGGAAUUCUGGUGCCAAAUACCAACUACCCACCAGGAUUAGACUAUCGCUCAAGUGGAAUGCCUUCCUGGAGAAGUCCUGAUACAAUAUCCAGUGAAUCGAUUUACGAAUACUUUGUCGAAAUCAAGUUUAGCAAUGGCACCACCUCGGAAAUUCCUGCAGGAAUAACAGCGUUCACUCCAUUCUACCGCUUGACCGAAAAGGAAGCACCCGAUGUUAACGUAUCUCUGGCACGCGCAGGCCCUGGUUCCAACAUGAAGCUAUUGGAGCCAUUGGCGGACAUGCUGAGGAGCAACUACACCAUUGAAGUAUCUUUUCCCGAUGGAGCUCAUGUUUAUCAAAACUCGUCCGUGAAUAUCACAGCUACUGUUCAUCGGUCAGGAUAUACGAAUCGGACGGACACACCUGUGCGGCUGUGUGCAUUACCAACUGGUCCGAGUACCGUCGAAUGCCAUUCACACUGGUUCAUCAAGACGUUGGUCCCUUCCGCCCCCUUCAUGCACCACCCGCAAUUCGCAGCCUCUCAUGCACUCUCUCAUUCUCCAUGCAAAGAGAUCAAAUUUGCGGCUGCUCCUGCAGACUUGACACACGAAGGUCACAUUACUUCCAUGUCCUCCGAACCGCUUUUAUUAUCCCUCUACACGGGUCAGGAUGCUAUCCCGGACUUUUCAACAUACUAUCGAAAACUGGAAAAUCGCAUCAAUCUGCGCCUCCAUGUCAAGCCCGAUCCAUCAGAGCCAUGGGAGCAUGAAUCCGAGAAGAACCGAUGGGAGAAGCAGACUGAAGACAUGGAUGAAUCUGACUUGGACUGGGUGCCAUGGUUGUCUCCCAAACAGACUCGUAUCACAUAUUUUGAAGGCGAUGCUAAUCUAUCAAUCAUUCCAAUGCAGAAGUGCCGUCUUAUGCGAUCAACGCCAAUCCACUACCUGUCAGACGAAGCUCGCCAACCAACAUUUGUCAAAAUGUCAGAUAUCGCUGAUCUCCGCAGGAUGUCAUCUGAGGAACGCGAUCUCCUCGCCCCAUUCGCACAGCCGUCUAUCAAGGUGUUUGCCGAGGGAGAAGAGCUUCCUAACCGAUACUUCACUGCCAUGCGCAUGGGGAAGCCUAUAUAUGUUGGGGAUACCUGGACCAACAAAGUGGCUGCAGAAGGCCAGCGCGAAAGAGAUACUAUGGACCACUUGCUCGUCGUGCAGUAAUUAUGAUUAUUCGUUUCUCCGAAAUAUUCAUGUGUUCAAUCGAGUUUUAUUGUGGUGAUGCCAGAGGGUUGUCGUAGCCAUUCGUAGUGUAAAUUUCAAUUCAAUGUUACAUACUAUAGCAUAUUAUUAUAGCUACUUGUUGGAGUAGGGGACCCCUAGGCAGAGGGUGAGAGGAAGAGAGAGUUUGGCGGUGUUUGGGUU